GGAGCUUCCGGUGGGACGGGAACAGCAUGGGGAUUGAACUAGGCUCGUGACACUCUGCCCGUUGGCACAUCGACGGUGAGAUUCCUUCGUCAGAAACCGGAGCGCGGCGCCCAAGAUAUUGGUUAAUGUCGAUAAAACGUGAAAAUAAAAACGUCAGCCCGGUGUAACGGCUUCGGUUUGGCGCUUGACGCACCCGGAAGUGAGCGUUUCACGCCGCGCUAGGCCAAAAAAGGGGCCGCUCUUCCGCUUCCGGGUCAGAGGUGGUCGCCAUGGCGGUACUGGCUUCCAAUCCCAACAACCCCGUGGUCUUCUUCGAUGUCACCAUCGGCGGGCAGGAGGUGGGCCGCAUGAAAGUGGAGCUCUUCGCCGACGUGGUGCCCAAGACGGCCGAGAACUUCAGGCAAUUUUGCACGGGUGAAUUCAGGAAAGAUGGUGUUCCUAUCGGUUACAAAGGCAGCACUUUUCACAGGGUUAUAAAGGAUUUCAUGAUCCAAGGAGGUGAUUUUGUAAACGGAGAUGGCACUGGAGUGGCCAGCAUUUAUCGGGGACCUUUUGCCGACGAGAACUUCAAACUGAAACACUCGGCACCCGGCUUGCUCUCCAUGGCCAACAGCGGCCCCAGCACCAAUGGCUGCCAGUUCUUCAUCACCUGCUCCAAGUGCGACUGGCUCGAUGGGAAACACGUGGUUUUUGGUAAAAUAAUCGAUGGGCUUCUAGUCAUGAGGAAAAUUGAAAAUGUGCCCACCGGGCCGAAUAACAAACCGAAACUGCCGGUGGUGAUUGCCCAGUGCGGAGAGAUGUAGGUUGAUUUUUGCUUCGUCCUGGGAUGCCAAGCAGUUCCUGACCGCUCAUCCUUCAUCCCACAUUCCACGUGUCUGUUCCCCACCCCAUUUGUAAAUAAAAAGAC